AUGCGCGUCACGGCCUUGGCAUAUACAGCCGCCGUAGCCAUCGGCUUCGGCGCCGUGGUAACAGCCUCGAGCCCGGAACAAGUCCCGCUCGGCCACAGCCACGGACCGCGACCACAACGGCGACAGCCUAAUGUCGUAUUUGUUUUAACAGACGACCAGGACGUCCAUUUAGGGUCUUUGGACUACAUGCCGUUGGUGAAGAAGCACUUGAUAGACCAAGGAACGUACUUUAGCAGUCAUUACGCUACGACGGCCGUUUGUUGCCCGUCGCGGGUGACGAUAUGGACGGGCAAGUUUGCGCAUAAUACGAAUGUUACGGAUGUUAAACCGCCGUAUGGCGGCUAUCCUAAGUUUUUAGCGGAAGGCCUUAACGACAACUACUUUCCCGUGUGGCUGCAACAAGCUGGGUAUAACACGUAUUAUACGGGGAAGCUGUUCAACGCGCACACGGUAGAGAACUACAACUCACCUCCCCCGGGAGGUUUUACAGGAUCGGAUUUCUUACUCGACCCCCACACAUACGACUACCUAAACGCCACAUUCCAGCGCAACGGCGAGGAACCGCGCAGCUACGAAGGACUCUACAGCACCGACGUGCUAGCAGAGAAAGCCUACGGGCUCCUAGACGAAGCCGUAGACGCCAAAAAACCAUUCUUCCUCGUCGCCGCGCCCAUCGCGCCCCACGCCAACGUCGCGAUGAAACUCGAGCACGGCCCGCGCGACCCUCAAAACCCACCCUUCGAAUUCACCGAGCCCGUCCCGGCUCCGCGGCACGCGCACCUGUUCCCCGGAGCCAAAGUCCCGCGCACCCCGAACUUCAACCCGGAAGCGCCGUCGGGCGCGAACUGGGUGUCCGCGCUGCCGCGCCAGAACGCGUCCAACGUCGCGUACAACGACCACUUCCACCGGCAGCGCCUGCGCGCGUUGCAAGCCGUGGACGAGCUGGUCGCGGGGCUCGUGUCGCGACUCGGCGAGCGCGGCGUGUUGGACGAUACGUACGUCGUGUAUAGUAGCGACAACGGGUACCACGUGGGCCAGCACCGGCUGCAGCCCGGCAAGAGCUGCGGGUACGAGGAGGACGUGAACGUGCCGCUUAUCGUGCGGGGGCCGGGCGUCGAGCCGGGGUUCAGCGCGGACGGGGUCGUGAGCACGCAUGCUGAUCUUGCGCCUACGUUUUUUGAUAUUUUGGGUCUGAAGCCUAGGGAGGAUUUUGAUGGUGCGGCGAUACCGCUUACGAGGGGGGAGAUUGAUGGGGUUAGGGAGAGGGGCGAGAGGAGGGAGCAUGCGGGGAUUGAGUAUUGGGGGUCCGCGAUGGGGGAGGGCGUGUAUAAUCGAGACCCGCGUCAGAACAACACGUACAAGGCUCUCCGCAUCUCGGGGCCGGGGUAUAACUUGUACUACUCCGUCUGGUGCAACAACGAGCACGAGCUCUACGAUAUGGCAGUCGACCCUGGCCAACUCAACAACCUCCUAUCCCCAUCUUCCCCCUCAACACCCAUCCUAGCAGCAGGCCACGCCCCCCGCAAAAUCGCCGACCGUCUCGACGCGCUCCUCCUCGUCCUCAAAACCUGCGCCGGAACGCGGUGUCAGCGCCCCUGGGCCUCAUUGCACCCCGACGGCGCCGUGCGCUCCCUCGCCGACGCGCUGGCGCCGCGAUACGACGCCUUCUACGCGGACAACCGGAAGGUAGCCAGCGUCAAGUACGCGUACUGCGCCGACGGGUUCAUCCCCGAGGCGGAGGGGCCGACCUGGGAGGAUACUGGGCGGGCUUUUGGAGGGGAGGGGGAGUAUGGGUAUUUGAAGGGAGGGCGGUGGGAGGAUUGGGUGUAG